GCCGAGCCCACCCACCGUAGACCAUCACCAACGCCCUGGCCGGCUGGCGGGCCCUCCUCUGCCGCCGUCCGCCUUCCCGGACGGUGGCUCCCGGUGGAUCUCCACAGUCGGAAGCGAGCCCGGGAGCCAACAUCACUAAAGCCAACAACCAUCCGCUUCCGCCUUUGCCAGUCACAUAUCUUGGCGGCAACUCUCGACUCGGGUAUCCAAGGAACUCGUAAAGAGGCUGCCCAUUGGCUCUGCUCGGGCGCGGCUUGUCAGACACAUUCAAAAGCUUUGAGGAUUGGCUGUAACGGGAGCCGCGGGAGUUCGCGGGAUCUCAGUUCAUCAGUAUUAAGGCCAAAGCCAGCUGUCUCCCUGACUUCAAGCAAACAAAGAGGCUGUGCUAAGGUCCCCCAGCUCCUGCCCCAGAUCCCAUGCCUCCUGACAACGUGUUCACAAAAUGAGUUUGGGGCAGAAGGGGCGCCAGUGCGCAGCCGCUCCCGGAGUCUGCUGCAGCAACAGCGAGCGCAGGAUGCAGUGCAGAUACCUGGAUGUCAUGUCUAGAGAUGGAACCAGGACACUGUGUAAAGGAAGUUGUCCCCCAGGGCCCGUCCCGGAGGGUGUGAUCCGCCUGUACAGCAUGAGGUUCUGCCCCUACUCGCACAGGACACGCCUUGUCCUCAGGGCCAAAGGCAUCAGACACGAAAUUAUCAAUAUUAACCUGAAAAACAAGCCCGACUGGUAUUACACAAAGCAUCCCUAUGGUCAAAUUCCUGUCUUGGAGAACAGCCAAUGUCAACUGAUCUAUGAGUCUGUCAUCGCCUGUGAGUAUCUGGAUGAUGUUUACCCGGGAAGGAAGCUGUUUCCCUAUGAUCCCUAUGAGCGAGCUCGACAGAAGAUGUUACUGGAGCUGUUCUGUAAGGUCCCACACCUAACCAAGGAGUGUCUGGUGGCGCUGAGAUGUGGGAGGGAUUGCAACGAUCUGAAGACAGCCCUGCGUCAGGAAUUCUGCAACUUGGAAGAGAUUCUAGACUACCAGAACACUACCUUCUUUGGGGGCGACUGCAUCUCCAUGAUCGACUACCUGUUCUGGCCCUGGUUCGAGCGGCUGGAUGUGUACGGCAUAGCAGACUGUGUCAGCCACACCCCGUCGCUUCGGCUGUGGAUCGCCGCCAUGAAGCAGGACCCUACUGUCUGUGCCCUCCUCAUAGACAAGAACAUUUUUCUGGGCUUCUUGAAUCUGUACUUCCAGAACAACCCUAAUGCCUUUGACUUUGGGCUAGUCUGCUGAGUAUCAUGAUGCCUUCCCUGUCACCAGCUGUGCUCCAAUUCUGCUCCAGGAGUGGUCUGCAGGGGUCAAUCCAUCUCCAUUCCCUCUCUUUGAGGGUCCCAAUAAAAAUGGAAAUAGGGAUGGCAUUAGCCC